AACUAAUUCUGGUAGAAUUCCACCAAAUCAACAAGAGAUUUAUGAUAAUCUUUCUUUUACAAAUGGAGAAAAUUAUUUUCAAAGUACAAAUUCAUUUGUAACGACUAAUUCCGAACCAAUAAAUGAUCUUCCUUCAUCAUAUGAUGAAAUAGAACAAGAUGAACGUAUACAAGUUCAAGAAAAUACAAAUAUUGAUGCAAAUUAUUUGAGUGAUCGUAUUGCAGAUGAAUAUUAG